AUGAAGAGAUAUAGAUUUAUUGAUUUUACAAUUUUAUAAUAAAAAGAUAGCCCAUAAAUAUUAAAUAAAGUGCGUUCUAUUUAUGUGCCUUCAAUUCAUUCUAAUUACAUUGAUGAAAAUCUCGUAAAUUAAUAAUAAAUUUAUUAUUUUAAACAAUAAUGUCGGAUAAUGAAAUAGACAAUACAUUUAAUAAAAAAAAUACUAAUGAUCAAUCUUCGGAGGAAUUUCGGAAACCUUUACCUGAACUAACUACUGAAGGUGAUAUCCUUGAAGUUAAGGCAUUAAAAAAACAAUUAGAAAAAGAAAUAAUCGAACAAUCAUCGGCGACAACCGGAUUGAACAAACAAUUGGAUUAUUGUAGACAUGUUUUGAAUUCAUCUUCAAUUUCAAUAAAAAACAAAUAUACGAACAUUAAUUUGAGAAAUGAUUUAUACAGAUUUGCUGGAAUUUACUGUGUCAAAUCUGAUAAGCCAAUUGUGAUAGAAUUCUCAGCAGGAGAUAAAGUGACGAGUAAUUCUUUAUUUUCCAUAGAAAUUUUGCAAAUUGAUAAUCAAUAUAAAUUAGGAAAAUGGGUGAUGCCUUUGUCGAUCGAUUUGAAUGAUAUUUUAUCAAAAUAUCCAUUGGAUAAUCCGAAUAAUUUGAAAUCAUUUUUAAAAUGUUGCAAACAUUACAUCGAUUGUUAUAUUUAUCGUCGAAAACAAUACUAUGAUUUAAAGAAUUUUCUCGGAGAUGUAAUAAACUGUUCCAUAGACACCUGUCUUGGAUACACACGAAUUCACUUACAUAUGUCAGAAUUACAAUUGAUCGAACUUAGUGAAACAUAUAACGUUACUCUGUUUAUGGCCUAUAAAUUUAAUGAAACAUUUCCAUAUGUAAUAAGCACUGAACAAAGGGACGAUAAACCUUUGUCGGAAGAAAUUAUUCGAAACUUAAAUAAAUAUUUUAAACCAUUAAAAAAGCUUAACUUAAGAGAUGCAUUUGAAAAAAUGAUUAAUAAUAAUCGCUAUUUUCAUUGGCCGAAAAUAUUUAAGGAUCCUGAUAACAAUAAUAUGCCAUCGAUGUCUCUACAAGAUGAAGACAGUACAUUGAGAAAAACAAAACGAGAUUAUCAAAAGAAAAAAAAGAAAAUAAAUUCGGAAAGCAAUCUCGAAAACGAUUUAACCGAUUCAGAAAUCGAAAAUAGUGAUAAAUGCUCGUCGAAUUUGGAGGAGUAUGAGGAACGAUCAAAAUUGAAUGAUAAAAAAAAUAAAAAUGUCGAAGAAAAUUUAAAUUCAACUGAAAUGCUGAAAAACAUUGGAAAAAAGAAAAGAAACAAAAAUACGAAGAAAGAGGACAAAAAGUUGGCUGCGAUGAAAACGACACAAAAGCCAGAUGCAAAUGAGGAAAAAUUAGAAACGAUUUUAGAUUUCGAUAAACUCAAUCUUUUUAACAAUUCGAAAAAGAAAUUUGUUGAUAGAAAAAAUACGCCUAAAAGAUCCGCCAAGUGUAUCGAGGAUGGCGAAAAAAUUGAAAACAGACCAAAACGUCAAUCGAUCUCCAGACAAACGAAAUUACUCGCGAAAGAAUUAAAUAGCAGUUUAAAUAUUACUGAGAAGGAUGACAAAGCGGACAAAAAAAUUUCAGUCAGUAAAAACAAAUUAAAAAAAGAUUUGAACAAACCAUCUGUAAAAUCUGUCACAGAUACUCCAACAGAGGGUAAAAAAAAUCUUAAUGAAAAAAAUAUAAGUAGAUCUUCGUCGAUAACAAAAUGUUCAGACGAAAAUUUGUUCAAAGAUAAUAUUAAAAAAACUGAUAAAAGUAAAACAACUGAUAUUAAGAAUAAAACAGCUUCGUACAAUGUAAACACAUCUAAUAAGAAAAUGAUACUUUCUAUGAAGUCAAUAACAGAAUCUAUUGUACCGAUAGAAGAUAAAGAACCUCCGAUGGUAACAACGGAAAUUAAUCUUGAUAAAAUCUUAAGUAGCACACCGAUUUCAGGCAACGUACAAACAAAAUUAUACAAUACACAUUGUUCAGAGAUUAGUGAGAUUGUAACCUUCCCAACGAAAAUAAAAUCAAAGGAAACAAUGACAAAUAUUUCGAAAGAAAAUGAUAAUAAUUCUUCGAACACCGAUGAUAACGAAGAUGAACAAUUUAAUGAAGUACAAACAAAGGAAUUAUUGGAAGAUAUUGAACUGGCACAUAAGACAUUAAAAAAGAAAGACGAGAAAACACAUAAUAUUCGUAUGAAAAAAAAUAAACAAAAAGAUGUUAAACAAACGAAUAGAAAAAAAAAAAAAUAAGGAAAUGAUCAUGUGACCAUUUGAUCUUUUUUUUUAUGUGAUUAUUCAACGAAAUCGAGUUAAUUUAUGACGUUCAUUUUUAUUAACACAAUUGCAUUCAAUGUAAAUAUAUAUUUAUGUAUGUAUGUAUAUAUUUUGAACAUCUUAUGAAUUUGUAAAAAUUGAAGCUCUAGGUUUGCUUCUUUGUUUAAAACGCUUCAAAAAAUUCAAGAAUUUUGUUCUCCGUAAUAUUUGUUUUUGAAUAAUUGAAUCAUUCUUUAUAGCUAAAUCGAGAAAAACUUGGUCCAUCGAUGAUUGAUGUAUAGUAAAAUCUGUUAUCCACGGAUAUCUUCGUCUUAGUUGUUCUAAUAUGUCGAACACAUUGCUGUGUGAAAUAUUACUUUCUAAUUCAUACUCGAUAAUUCCCUAAAAGAGUUAAUAAAAAAAAAAAAGGAACCAUAAUUCUCAAUUUGAAAACUUAAUGACUGUCAAUAAUAGUAUAUUUUAUAAAACAAAUAAAUUCUAAAUUAUUUACCAAAUGAAAAUCUUUUAAAUUAAUACCAGGAAAUGCCUCGUUCAUGACAUUGUUAAUUAUUACUAAAUGCUGAUGAUCCUGAAAUACUGGCGUCACACUAAUGGUUAGAAAGAAAUUAUUAUCAUGUUUUCUUUUUAAAUUUUCACAGGAAUCAAUUACUACAAAUCGUCCGUCCACUAAGAUUCCAACACGAAUACACAUUGCCUCAGCUUCUUGCAUACUAAAUUUAUUUAUUUAUUUAUUUAUAUUCACUUCAUUUAACUAUUGAUAAUUUCUUUUUUUUUUUUUUUUUUUU